UAAAGAGAAUUCACAUAUAUCUGAGAUAUAUGAAGAAGAUGAAAAUUAUCAUUCUAAUAAUGAUUAUAUUAAUUGUAGACAAGAUCUUGUAUAUCAUCAAAGUACUACUGCUAUGAAAACACAUCUUGCUACAUUUCAUCAUAUUACAAAAACUACAGUUAAAAAAAAUCAAGGUUCUUCUACUUCUCAACAAUUAUUACUUAACAUUUUAAGUAAUAUUUCAAAAAUAUUUCAUAGUAUAAAAAAACAAAAAGAACUUAAUCAAUAUUUAGUUAAAUUUAUUGUAAGAACUGUUCAAUCUUUACAAUUAGUUGAAGCUUCAGAUUUUAUUAAUUUUUUGUGA